UUCAGUAAACAACAAUAUACAAACGCAUAUCGAUACCAAUCAUCGUCACCUAGUAUCAAUCGAAACUACUAUCUUUUAGUCGCGGCCUUGAGACAUCAUAUGAUCGCUUACGCAAAUAUAGUUAUCUCGUAGAACCGUAAUGAAUGAUGUAAACCCGCGGAUCUUUGGGGUAACGAGAUUGGUAAUGUUAGAAACAGAAACAGUGUCGGCGCUGCAUGACUCAACCUAGUUGGCCCAAUAUACAUUAGUUUUCAGUAAUCGCGCGUACAUGAAUGAACGUCCCGUUCUUUCGUUUGGGAAAUGACCGCAGCGCCGAGCGCGAUUGAAACCAAACCUCCAGGUAUCGAAUUUGCAAUCGGAGCAUUGGCGGCUGUGGGGGCCGGUUUUUUCACAAAUCCGAUCGACGUGAUCAAAGUACGCCUGCAACUGCAGGGAGAAUUAGAAGCACGGAAUUCGUACAAAAAGAUAUACAAAAAUACUUUGCACGCUGGCUAUUUGAUAGCAAAACAUGAGGGCGUGCUCGCAUUACAAGCUGGUAUUGUACCGGCUCUUUAUUUUCAAGUGGUGCUCAAUGGAAUACGGUUAGGUGUUUAUAAUGUAUCCAAGAAAUAUAAUCUUAUUACUAACAAAAAAGGGGAUACCGAUAUCUUAAAGACUGCAAUAGUGACUGGUACAGCUGGGAGCAUAGGAGCUAUACUUGGUAGUCCGUUUUACAUGUUAAAAACGCAAUUACAAUCACAAUCGGCGCAGACGAUAGCCGUUGGUUAUCAGCACAAUCAUUUGGGUACCUGGUGUGCAUUAAAGUCUUUAUGGAAAGAAGGUGGAAUAGUUGCUCUUUAUCGCGGUUGGUAUGCCAACAUACCACGCGUUUUUGUAGGCUCUGCAACACAACUAACUACCUUUGGUUUAGCCGCGGAUUGGCUACGUUCGUUACACAUAUGUCCAGAUCAGCCAAUACUUUUGACCUUUCUGGCAUCUGUAAUCGGUGGAAGUUGCGUAGCACUCACUAUGCAACCAUUUGAUGUUUUAGCAACAAGAUUGUACAAUCAACAGACGGAUGCAGGCGGCAAAGGCACAUUGUACAAUGGUCUUUUGGACGCGCUCAUUAAGAUAUUCCGAAAAGAAGGGCUGACUGGUUUGUACAAAGGAAUCUUUCCAACAUGGAUGAGAAUAGCACCGCACACCGUGCUGUGUUUAGUAUUUUAUGAGAAAUUAGACCAAUUAUAUAGUGCACUUUGA